CGUCUCUCGGUCUCAGAGUAGAUUUUAGCGGAACUGACGACGCUCCGUCGAUAUAAAAGUGGCCGUCGGCUGGUGUUCUUUGUAGUUCGAUCGCGGUAAAGCAACUUGGUCGUCGCCGACUUCUUCAUCAGGUAUUGACUGCUAGCAAUCAACAUGCUUCUUCGUCCAUCUACAUUUGUGCUCGUAGCAGUGACACUGGGGCUGCAUGUGGCAUCUGCAAAACGCACGUGCUUCACAAGUCUUCGCCUGAAGACCACCAGUGGAUUUGUAGAGAAGGAAUUCGAGGGCUUUGAGACCAGGGCUUUUCUUGGGACUUGCGCUACUGUUAAGAAGGAUUGUCCUGGAAAGCUUUUAGAGCACGUCAAAAACAAAUUUGGUCCCCAAGUGAACCCAAUGGGUGGAGAGACAGCCACCAAUAUGUGCAAAUUCUUCGACAAGGAAAUCUUGCCGAGUGAUGACCCUGUCGUUGAUGUCAAGUACAAAGCAAGUAGCUGUGGCAACGAGGGAUAUAUGAGCAUUGGGAGACUUUGCUGUUUUAAGUGCAUCUUCGGACCUUUUACUUUAUUCCAACCCAUCGAUAACUGUGCCCCUACCGCGAGACCUUCUUGGUGUCCAUAAGGGCAGUUAUCUGCAAAGCUUCAUUCCUGCACCCUUCAAGGAAAUUGUUAGACUUUAGCUGAAGAAGGGGAAAGUUUAGAAAAUAAACACUGAAACAAA